CAUGUUUGUUCACCAAAAACUAGUGUUACGGUCCUUCUUCUGAGUUACGGUCAUAAACAGUUCAAUACCUCCUAAAGAUAAGAAAACUUUACGUAAGUUAGGAACUCAUACGCCCCCAGAUAAAGGAAGAACGUAUAGUUGUUCUCCUUAUGUCGUGCGUGUCAUUUCUUCCCGUCUUAGCUAUCCUUCUUUAGGUUUUAUAGGAUUUUAGAGCAAACGGCUCGGAUAAACUAACAUGCUUCAGAGGCUGGCUGCGUCCUCACGGUGGCGGGCGGCCGUCCUUGCCACCUCGGCCGCACGGUGCCUCUCUUCCGGCUCGGUAACCAUCACAGACCCCUUGAACUACUGGGCAGGGCGGAGGAAGGCUGGUCAAGAAAAAUGCAGCACGGAGAAUGUUUACGAACCAGCAACAGGACGCAUCUUGUGCCAUUUGGAACUUUGUGGCGGUGAUGAGGUCAAUCAGGCUGUCAAGGCUGCCAAGUCAGCGUUUGGCUACUGGAGCAAAAUGUCUGGGAUGGAGAGAGCGAGGAUCAUGAUCAAUGCUGCCCACAUAAUGGAGAGCAGGAGAGAGGAGAUUGCUGAGAUGGAGGUGGUCAACAAUGGGAAGUCGAUCACAGAAGCCCGUCUGGAUGUGGACUCUGCAAGGCUGUGCAUAGAAUAUUAUGCAGGACUAGCCAGUACUCUGGCAGGCCAGCAUGUCCAGUUAGCCGGAGGAUCCUUCGCCUACACCCGCAGGGAGCCCCUGGGAGUGUGUGCUGGCAUCGGGGCUUGGAAUUACCCCUUUCAGAUCGCUGCAUGGAAGUCAGCUCCAGCCCUGGCCUGUGGUAACUCCAUGGUUUUUAAACCGUCACCGGUGACUCCUGUGACGGCGGUCUUACUGGCAGAGAUUUAUGCAAAGGCCGGCGCCCCGGAGGGGCUGUUUAACGUGGUCCAGGGGGGUCAGGAGACUGGCAGCCUGCUCUGCCAUCACCCUGAUGUAGCCAAGGUGUCUUUCACCGGGAGCGUGCCCACGGGACAGAAGAUCAUGGAGAUGGCAUCAAAGGGGAUCAAACCUGUGACGCUGGAGCUGGGAGGGAAAUCCCCGCUGAUUAUUUUUGAGGACAGCGAUGUGGAGAAUGCCGUGAAGGGGGCCCUUAUGGCCAACUUCCUCUCUCAAGGCCAGGUCUGCAGCAACGGUACGCGGGUUUUCGUGCAGAAGGACAUCCUGCCUGAGUUUGUGGACGUGGUGGUGAAAAGAACAAAAGCCAUUUCCAUAGGAGACCCUUUGUUAGAGAGCACCAGAAUGGGAGCGCUGGUCAGCAGACCCCACCUGGACAAAGUCUUAUCGUAUGUUCAGCAGGCAAAAGCAGAGGGAGCCACAGUGUUGUGUGGAGGAGAACCUUUUGUCCCAUCAGAUCCCAAACUCAGAGGUGGAUACUACAUGAGUCCGUGUGUUCUUGGGGACUGCACGGAUGACAUGACCUGUGUGAAGGAGGAAAUCUUUGGUCCAGUCAUGUCUGUGCUGUCCUUCGAAACAGAAGAGGAGGCGUUGCAGAGAGCCAACGACACGACACUGGGACUGGCUGCUGGCAUCUUCACCAGGGAUGUGAAGCGAGCCCACAGAGUGGUUGAGCACCUAAAGGCCGGCUCCUGUUUCAUCAACAACUACAACGUCACUCCUGUGGAGGUGCCGUUUGGAGGCUUCAAAAUGUCAGGUAUAGGACGGGAGAACGGCCAGGUGACGAUUGAGUUCUACUCCCAGAUGAAGACGGUGUUUGUGGAGAUGGGAGAUGUGGACAGCCUGUUCUAGAGCUGCAGCUUUGAGUCACAAAUGAAGUGAAUUCAAAAAUGGAAAGUUUUAUGGAUGUUUUUAUACUAGAGGACAGACUGAUUCUUGUUUCAACUGAAGGAUUUCUGAUUCUAGAUCAUUUAUUAUAAACGGGACUCGCGUGGAACGUCAACUUUUGCAAAAAUCUUUAUUUCUUUUACCUCCGAACAAGUUUAUAACAUGAAGCAACAAAUUCACUUGUUUUGUCCAAAAUCACAAAAGAUAUUCUUUUUUUUCUACCAAACAGUGCCUAAAGUCUUCUUUUUUUUUUUUUUUGCUACAAACCUAACUUGAACUGUUUGUAUGGAUCACAAUAAAACACUAAAUGAAACUCGU